GUCCAGUGUGCUGCACAGACAACCGAGAAGAAGAAGACGUAAACGGUGUGAGCGCCUAACCUGCUCUUGUCCUACAUCAGUUUUCCAACUCAACAUUAAUAAAACCUCGUCGCUGGCUGGAUUAAUGAAUCACUUUGAUUAUAAGUGCUGCCUGUGAGCUGCGGCGGUGGCGCAGACAUGGUGGGCUUUGACCCCGGAGCGCAGGGCGCGGCUCUGGCCCCAGAGGAGGCAGCCCUGGCCGGGUCAGCUGCUGGCCUGGUCACCCGAGCCCUGGUCAGCCCCUUCGAUGUCAUCAAGAUCAGGUUUCAGUUGCAGAUAGAGCGUAUGUGUGCACAAAAGCCUGAAGGGAAGUACUCAGGAUUAUUUCAAGCAUCGCGCUGCAUUUUGACAGAGGAGGGUCUGUCUGCCUUCUGGAAGGGCCACAUCCCUGCUCAGCUCCUGUCCGCCUGCUUUGGGGCAGUCCAGUUUGCCAGCUUUGAGUUUUUGACCGAGUUUGUACACAAGACAACGUUGUAUGACAGCCAGACGGCAGGGGUGCACUUUGUGUGUGGCGGUUUGGCCGCCUGCUCUGCCACAGUGGCCUGCCAGCCUCUGGACACGCUACGGACUCGCUUUGCAGCUCAGGGAGAACCCAAGGUGUACAGGAACCUGCGGCAUGCUGUGUCUAAGAUGUACCGCACAGAGGGAGCGCUGACAUUUUACCGUGGCCUGACUCCGACACUGAUGGCGGUCUUUCCGUACGCUGGGCUGCAGUUCUUUUUCUACAAUGUCUUUAAAAGGCUUUUGGUUCCACCACCCAACAGUGGCAAAUCUGAAGGGGGCCUGAGGAGCCUGGUGUGUGGCAGUGGAGCGGGAGUGAUUAGCAAAACAGUCACAUACCCCUUUGACCUCUUCAAGAAGAGACUGCAGGUGGGCGGCUUUGAGGAGGCCAGACUUCACUUUGGACAGGUGCGGCGUUACAAGGGUUUGGUGGACUGCGUGGUACAAAUAGCCAAAGAGGAAGGCUUCCGAGGUUACUUCAAAGGCCUCUCCCCCAGCAUUUUGAAGGCUGCGCUGUCAACAGGCUUCACUUUCUUUUGGUAUGAGUUUUUUCUCAAUGCCAUUCAUAACCUCAAGGAGAAACAGAGAGCAAACUGACUCACCGGGCACGUGGAGGGCUGACGGUGGCAGUCUGGGAUGGAAAGACGCAAAGAGACACGGCACAAUAACGCACAUUAGAGAUACACACCGACCGGGAUAUGUUUUUAUCAUCUGUGUCCACAUGUGUUGCUCUCUGUAAGGACAGGAAAAUCAUAACCUCAUCAUGUUUUUGGUGUCAGUCAUUGCACCUUAUGUUGUAAAAAUGUUGUAGUCAAAUGUUAUGUAUUUUUAUUUAUUUAACAUUUUACUCUGGGUUUUUAAGGGUUACAGGUGUUUGCUUUUAAAAAUUAAAUGUUGAAACAUUUUAUGCACCAGAUCUACAUUUUUAACUUAAUAUUUAACUUUACGUAUUGUCGUCUUUUUGUUAUGUCAUAACUCAAACAACUCAAAACUAGGCCAAGGUUGAUGCACUUAUUUGGUGUUUUUGUAAAAAUGAGUCAUUUUCAACCCUUUGUUGCAGGUUAAAGGUGCACUAUGCCAGAUUGCAGAGCGUCUGUCUGUCUUUCAGAGGGGGCUGAUGUAAAGUGAGAACCGCUAGACUGAAGCGCAAUGAUGAGAGCCAUGUAGAGUCAACCAACUAAUUUGGUGCUUAUUCCAGUUUUUGUCAGUUGAGUCUAAAGGGUGCUCAUUUAAAUCAGCCCUCUCUGACAUGCAUAGUGCACAACACAGUGCUGUGCUGAUGCAAAAACUGUGAAACCUGUAGAUCCGAGUUGAAUUUGAGCAAGUGAUGACAACAAUUUUCUUUUUUUUUCUUCUUUUGUUACCUUUAUCAAAAACAUGCAGGAUAAUGCGCUCUGGGGUUUUGCUGUGGUUAUUGUGCAUAGACAUAUCUGAACAAACACACUGCAGGUGUAGUAUUUAUUCUGUUAAAGUUUUGGGAUGAACAACUGAUUGCACUUGGUCUCUAUUGAGUGGGCACUGCUAUUUAAGAGUUUACAGCCAAUGUUGGUUUAAAAAAAUUCAUGUUUGGACUCUUACAGUGGCAGUAUAGUUGUCUAUAUAUGUAUGACUUUAAAUAAAAAUGCUCAUUUUUUAAAAAUAAAGUUUUUUAUGAUGAGA